GGAGCCCCCAGCCCAGGGAGGCUUUGGCAUUUCCUGCUUCCUGAGCAGCUGGAACGACUGGCCUCUUGGGAGGAGGGCAGAGCAAGGGGCCAGAGCUCCCUGGGGUGGCUGGCUCAGGGCCUGACAUUGAUCACACAAGGAAAGACAACCUGAAUGGUGUGUCAUCGAGAGCGAUGGAAGGAGGUCAGCCAAGCCCCCAACCUGCCCAGGUUCCCUCAGGGGGCAUGGUGUCCUCACAGGUGAGGGCUGUCAUUCGCCUACGACGGAAAUUCCGGAUCCUGCGUAAGAGCCGCAUGCGAUCCAACCUUCCCCCCGGGGAGUCACCCCUGACUCUGACCCCAUCCCCAUCGAAACUGCUGCAGAGACAGAUCUCCCUAGACCGGGCCAAGCUGAGCGGCGCCCCCGUGUCCCACCUCUACCACCGCAGCAACUUUGAAAAGCCCCAGUACUUCACCUUCGAGCCCCCCGUGGAAUCAUCCUUCCGGAGGAAGAAGAAGCGCCGUAGAUCCCGCGUCGUGCUGUACCCGGAGAGUUCCCGGAAGUACCUCCCGACCGAGCAGAAGAGCAAAGCCAAACGCUGCCUCCUCCUGCUGGUGGCCAUCGUCUGCUUCCAGAUCCUCAACGCCAUCGAGAACCUCGAUGAUAACCUGCAGAAGUACGACAUAGACGGGCUGGAGAAGGCCCUGCAGCGGGGCGUGUUUGGCCAGAAGGCUGCCAUGGACAGCGUCAUGGAACUGUUGCGGGAUUAUCUGGCCACACACAUCCACAGCCAGCCGCUGGUCAUCUCGUUCAACGGCCCGAGCGGAGUGGGCAAGAGCCACGUGGGCAGGCUGCUGGCGAAGCACUUCCGCUCAGUGAUGGAGGGGGAUUUUGUGUUUCAGUACUAUGUGAUGCAUCACUGCCCAGACCACCAGGAAGGCCUGGCCUGCCAGCAGGACCUGUCUGAGAGGAUCACUGACAUGGUCACCCGGGCAGAGGUGGAAGAAAAGAUUCCCGUGUUCAUCCUGGAUGAGGUAGAAUUCAUGUCCCCUGGCCUGCUGGACACUCUGCACGGCUUCCUCCAGCCUCGGCAGUCCAAUGAGUUCCUCAAUGCCAUCUACGUGCUCAUCAGCAGCAUUGGCGGCAGUGAGGUCACACGCUUCGUUCUGCAGAAUGGCUCCAGCGAGCUGACCCCCCAGCGCCUCAGGGACGAGCUCAGCCAGUCCCUCCACACCCUCCUAGCGGGCACCCACCCACUCUGGGAGACUGCUGAAGUAGUCCCCUUUGUCCUGCUAAAGAAGUGGGACAUCAUGAACUGCUUCCUGGAUGAGAUGGUGGGGGAGGGCUUCUACCCGGACCAGAGCCACAUCGAGAGCCUGGCGGGGCAGCUCAGUUACUACAACACCAAGGGAGGGGAGUUUGCUGUCACCGGCUGCAAGCAGGUGGUGGCCAAGGUCAACUUAUUGUAAUGGACACCUUGCUCUUCCUGUACCCAUUCUAACCUGUCCCCUUCACUCUUCGGUGGACUUUGAAUAUACCAUAGGGCAUGGUACCAAAGGGCUUGGCCAGUCGCCCCUAUCCUCCUCCAGGCUCCCACAUUUCCUGCCUUGCCGGUGUGGUUCCCGGCUUGGACAGUGUUCCCAGGCUUAUCCUCAGGAAUCCUGCAUCUCAGGAUUUGGGGGAGUCCAAAGUACUGCUCAUAGGAGGAAGGCCAAGGCCUCUAUUUAUACACAGGACUUUAGAGCCACUUCCUCGAAGGUUUUCCUCUAGGCCAGGGCAGCAGGCAUCUACAUUGCUGGCUUCUCUGCUAAGGCAUGGGACAUGUGAAGGAACUUCAGGAGCAAAAGGAAGGGCUGGUGCUGGAGGCUGCUGGUCAGAUUGGGGGAACUCUUCCCUAUGCCCCCUAACCCUCCACCUCCUAAGACUGACUUUCAACACCUGCUUGCUCACAGUGCCAGAUGUUCUGCCCCACAAAACACCAAACCAUGUGGAGGUUAUGGAAGGAGAGAUGCUUCCUGGAAGCUGAAGCCCCGGGGAGGGGGGUGGUUGUCCAGACUCUGCCAUGGCCUUCAAGAUUCCUAAUAAAUGUCUGCCUGGUUAUCUGCUUGA